AUAUUUUAUAUCUUCACACUUACAUAAAUAAAUGAAUAAAUAAAUAUAUUAGUAUAUUUCAAUAAUUAGCUACUACUAGAGAGCGAACGCUUAUUAUAAGCUAUAGCUUUUCAACCCAACUAACUGUAACCUAUAUAUUUCAAUCGAGUUUUUGAGUAUCAUGAACAUCAAAGAAUGAACAUGACCCAAACGUUUCAAAUAUGCAAGAAAUAUAUGAGAAAUUAUAAAUUUCUCGAUGUAAAAAUGAUAUUAAAUUGUCGAAAAAUAAACAGAUUGUUUUAUUCGUCUCAGGAUUCUUUACGUGCGAACGAAGGAAAGUCUCGAAACCUUUAUCAGCAUUUAUACUCAAGAAUUCUAGCAUGUGGUCCUAUUACUGUUGCUGAUUAUAUGAAAGAAAUUUUAACUCAUCCAAGUGCAGGCUACUACAUUAAUAAAGAUGUUUUUGGAGAGAGAGGUGAUUUUACAACAUCUCCAGAGAUCACUCAAUUAUUUGGCGAAAUGAUAGCAGUAUGGAUAUUAUACGAAAAGACGAAAAUUUCGAAAGGUCCUUUUCAAAUUAUAGAAUUGGGUCCAGGUAGAGGAACAUUAAUUAAAGAUAUACUGCGGGUGUUUAAGCAGUUACACAUUCUAAAUGACAUAUCUGUUCAUUUGGUGGAGAUCAGUCCUGCUCUUUCCUUAAUUCAAGCAAAAAAUUUAUGUAAAACUAUUAAGGAACAUGACACUAAAACAAACGAAUCUGAACAGAAUUCUAUUACUUAUUAUAGAGAAGGUGUUACAGAAGAUGGUGUGAAUAUAUAUUGGUAUCAUUCUAUUAUGGAUGUACCUAGAAAAUUUAGUAUAUUCCUAGCAAAUGAAUUCUUUGAUGCAUUACCAAUACAUAAAUUUCAGAAAACUGACAGAGGAUGGAAUGAAGUUCUGGUGGAUAUAAUUGAAGGAAGCAGUGAAGAAAAAUUUCGUUAUGUGCUAUCUAAUAAACCAAGCCCUGCUACUCUUUAUAUAUCUGAUGAUGAGAAAAGGGAUCAUGUAGAAAUCAGUCCACAAAGUUUAUUGGUUGUGGAUUAUAUAGCUCAAUAUUUAUCAGAAUGCGGUGGAUGUGCUUUAAUUAGCGACUAUGGUCACAAUGGCGAUAAAACUGAUACUUUCCGUGCAUUUUCUCAACAUAAAAUGCAUGAUCCAUUGUCACGUCCGGGAACUGCAGAUUUGACGGCAGAUGUCGACUUUGCAGCUUUGAUGAAAAUCGCAAUAAAAAACAAUUAUGUAAUAACAUUUGGACCCGUGACACAAUCAAAUUUUUUGAAAAGUCUUGGAAUUGAUGUAAGAUUAAAACUGCUUUUAAAGAAUGCUUCAAAAGAACAAAGAGAACGCUUGGAAUCUGAAUAUCGAAUGAUUAUGGAUGAAGAUAAAAUGGGAACACGUUUUAAAUUUUUAUCAUUAUUUCCAUCUAUCUUGAAAAAUCAUCUUCAGAGACUACCAGUCACGGGAUUCAGUAGUAAAUAAAAGUAAAAAAUAAAAGUAAUGUUAAUGAAAUUAUAUCUAUCUUAACUAUCGUAACACGAUAACUUUAAAAGUUGUAUUUGUAUGUACAAAUUCAUUUAUUAAAAUUAUAUUAAGCACAAUUCGUAAUCCCA